AGAAAAACAGAAAAGCCCAAAAGCUCGGCAGCCCUAACUUCGCAGUCUACGUGCCGCCCCCAGGGGUUUCGCAUUUCUCGGCCCAUAUCUGCGACUUGGAGAAUUAAUUCGUAAUAAAGCGUGCUCCCGCUGUUUGCUUACCCUUAUAAUACAUUACAUCACAUCACCUUUUCAAACCCUCGGACGGAAAUAGCAACGUCAAGCGAACCCCCCACUCAUCUUGUUUUAUACUCAUAUAUGUCAACUCGUAUUUUCUAGCGACGGAAUUAAUUGGACGUGUCAAUCGGUUAUCCUAAAGCUGCAACCCAUUUUGUAUAUCAAGACUCCUGACAAAGCUUAAGAGGCAUCUGUAAAUUUCUCAACCGUGAGGCGUGCUGGGAUGGCGCACAAUCCCGAAUCUGAUCAACAUAAACGAAAAAGAGACAUAUCCGAUGACAAUGGAAGUCAAGCACCGCAUGCUGACCGCAUACCACAACCGCCUCCGCCUCAGUCAGGCACGAUAGCCCCUAUCAAUUAUUUGUCAAAGGCCCAUCCGGUCAAACUUAAACUCAUACAGGGCGACAGCGAUACCUUCUCCGAUGUUCUCACCCUAGUCAACGAGUAUGAGGGAGUGUUGAAUAGACAUGAGAGCCUUGCUUCUAAUUUAGGAGCAAAGUUGACGGGUAGCCGCCUACUGAAAGCGAUGGAGGGCGCCUUUGAAGGUUCAAUAACGACAACUCCGCCACAAACGAUAUUUAGCCCCGACCCGGUCACAUGGCUUGACAUUGUCGAGUUUGCUAAGGCAAACCCCGGGGAGUUUGUAUUGACGCCUACUCCUAAUGGUGGGCGUUGCUGCCAGUUCCCCCUGAAAGGCGUCCAGGUCGAAAUUGGAGAGGAUGACUGGAGGUUGAUAGUAUCUGGCGCUCUGGACAGGUUUAGGCUUGUCCCACCACAACCGCUAGAAGAAGACGAGACGGCGGAAUUAGCAACUCUAGAAAUUGUUGAGCAGCGCCUGCAGGUUUUAAUCAAGAAGGCGGAUGAAGUGGCGCGUAGGGCCCGCCAACUCAACUACCACUUGAGCGGACGAAAAGCGUCUAUACAUGCGCGUCGCGCGUCGCAAUCAGCCUCUGGUCCCAACUUCCAAGGUGUAAAUCAGUCGCUAGGCUCCGGUGCCAACCCCGGUUACGACUUACACGCCGAUCUUCUUCAGCAAUUCCUUGCUCCCUCCCAACCUUCUAGCCACCGGAUCUCUUCCGUUGGUUCUAUACCACCAACCCCAAAUCCGAUGGGCACCGCAACGUCGACUCCGAGAACCUCUAUUCAGCAGCAAACUAUUCUAGGCAGCAACCGACCUUCACCUAGCUAUCACACCGAGCCAGCUAUGAGGGAUGUCGAGGAAGAGUAUCGUGCCUUGGUAACGGCUAAGAUCGAGAGACUAGCACGUGGAGACGCUAUACAUCCACCAUGUGACAGAUGCAGAAGGCUCAAGACACAGUGCAUUAAACACCUAACUGCCUGCCAGGGAUGCACCAAGAAACACGCAAGAUGUGUGUGGAAAGGCCUUACAGAAGAGGAGGUGGCUUGGCUUAAAGGAGAAGCUGGUGGAGAUGGAGAUGACGACGGAGAUGAGCCAAGGGACUCGGGUAGAGCUGUAUUCGGACCCCAAUCGCAUCUCGAAUUCGGCGAACGUCGCAGGGAAUCGGAACGCAGCGACGAACGUAGCACGAGCAGAUCCGGCUCGAGGAUAGCCAUCGGUAGACCUGCCGACGAGGUCUGGAGAAAGGGGCCAGAGACGCCAAUAAGUAGGCAUGAAACUAUGGAAGUGGAUAUAAGAGAUGUGCGCCAGGGACAAGAAUACCCAAGGAAAGAAUUAGCCGGUGGGAUAUUUAGGGAGCAGAAGUCAAUGCUUAGCCACAUGGCCUCCGUCGCUUCUGCGGCUGCAGAUGCUGCAGCGAUUUCGCGCGGGGGUCAUCAACAUUCAGAAUAACCCGGAGCGAGAGCAGGACAACAAUCACUUGGCUGUACAUAUAUCAUAUAUACGUGGGUGGGUUUGUACAUGCGGAUUUUCUUUAGGUGUUGGCAACCUGUAUAUACCCGGACAGCAUACGGCUAGGAGAAGGCGUGCAUUAUAACUUCAUGUCUGCUCAUUUGCUUACAAUUAUAUUCGAGACAUACGAGAAAUUGAAAACUCUGAGUUACCUACA